AAAUCCAAAUGCUUAGUACAAACUACUAGCGCCACAAAUAACCUUUUUAAAUUAUUAUACUUAUAACAAAUGGCAUCGCCGUCUGCGAAGAAAUGACAUUAAAUUAUGAUGAAAGAAAAAAACUGAAGUAGUUUAACGUGUUCAUUUAUUGUUUGAUUUAUUUAAUUUUCGGUUCAUAACAAAGAUAUGGUUUAAAAAUGGAUUUUCUAAUGUGGUUUACGAAUAAUCAAAAGUAAGCAAAAAGUUAUCAGAUGUUUCCAUGCUCCAAAGUGCCUGUUUCAGUGUUAUCACUAUUUAUGUUGUUCUAUCGGUGAGACAACAAUAAGGUUUAUUUAGCAACAUGACGGAUAAUAAAGCGUUGACCAUGGCAUCCGCCAAUGGUUUAAUUGAUAAAUCUAAGGAACUCCAAAAGGAAAUUCUUAUGGAAAAACUUAGAUCUAAAACAUCACAGAAUAAAAAUUUGGCAGAUACUUCUAAAGCUGUACGCAUGGCCUUGCUGGAUAAACGAUGGGCUGUAGAUAGUGCUGAUCGGAUGAUUCUGCAAAAAUGCCUUGAUAGUCUGCAGCACUGCAUUAAAAUUAGUUCACUGCAAAGUCUAAUUGAAAGACUUGAAUGUCUCUCUCGGCAGCUUGGUUUAAAGUUUGUUGUUGGAACAUCAGGAGUGAAUCUGUUUAUAUCUUCAGACAUGUUUUAUCUGGAAAUAUUGGUAGAAUCCUCUGGCUCUAUUAAGGAUGUUAAAAUUCACCAUGAAGGGAAGAUUGAACAACAAAGCUGUGAAGAACUCGUUUCAUGUAUAUCCCGAGGUGACUUUGCAGAUUUUACAGCCCAACUGGAAGGUCUUACUGCUGUUUAUCAAUUAAAUGCUGAGAAAAAAGUGAAGUGUAAAGCUUUUAGUGCACUUCAAAGCUUGGAGGAAGAUCUUUGUACUUUGCGCCAGCUACAGAGCUUUAUCAAAGAUCCAUGGGCGCAAGUACAUAAGAGCCCAAUAGGAUUCCUCCAAAAGCGCCGUGGAGGUCAUGCAAUGCGUCUAACUUAUUUUGUAUCACCUUAUGAACUAUUGGACAAAGACAAAGGCCUUCAACCGUUAACAGGCGACCUAUUGACUCUUGGAAAACCAUCUGCCUCAAGUGGACUAGCAUCCCUCGUUGCUCCCUCUCAUACUCCAAUUGGGCACUCCGCUACUGUGUUACUUGAAGGCUCAACAGCAAACAAGUUACAGCUGUCGCCUAUUAUUUCUGGAGGGCAGAGACCUGGAAAAGGGAAUGGACCAGUAUAUGCACCUUUAGUACCCCAGAACAGUGCUAUGUUGCCAGCAUGUUUCACUCUAAAACUUUCACAACCCACUCCUCUUUGUGCGGGUCUCUCCAAAUUAAUACAUGCAACAACUGAGGUAGAAGUUGCUGGUGACUGGGCAAAUGCAAAACCAAUGUUAGGGCUUGUUGCACAGCAGGCUUAUAAUAAACUUGCUCCAGGCAAGGUCAUUGAAUUAAAUCUCAGCAAAGGACUGUUUGUGAAUCUUCCGGAACAAACGCAAUGCUAUUUCCUAUGCGAAACGCGAGGUCUAGAAGGAUGUAUAGUGACAAGCGUACCAUUCACGCAUCCAUCGCACGUGCCUCCACUACUGGCCUGUUUAAGACAACAGGCACUCUUCAAUGCACUCAUCGCGAGCUGCGUACGAUUACAAACAAAGCAAGUUGUAGACCUAGAAAGCGUACUUAUGUUCGAAGUAAGUGCGCUAUCGUGGCAGCACAUUUCCAUAUCACUGGAACAUCCUUUAGACGAGAGCAUGGCCACCGUUGAACUGGAACUAUCAGAUCCAUCAGCGCCUCGAGCCUCUGUGUACGCACUUAACUCUCCACCCAGAGAACAGAUCGACGAAUAUAUCAGUCGCGUUCUACAGAAAAGUCACUCUAUACCAAUCACUUUAAGAUCGUUGGUGAAGAUUUGGGAACGUGAAGCAGCGACAAAGCAAAUGAACGGAGGCUAUUCGGCUCUGGAUUCAAAUUUUAGCUGCGGCCUGGGGGGCAUUGAUCCCGGGGGCGACCAUAUCAAGCACGAACCCGGGACUAUGCACGGCCGAGCUCUAUACCCCUCGAACGUCAGUCAUCCACACCAAGGUGGAGCAUAUCUUUCUGAACAACAACAUCACCUCUCAAUGAUGUGCCAAGAUCCCAACGCAGGUGACAAGAAUCUCCAAACAUCCGAAGAACGCAAAUCAAAAAAGAGGAAAUCCGACACUGACCCUUGGCCUUCGUCCCAGAAGAAAGGCAAACCGGGUCUCAGUGAAAUGCCAGAUUCGGACAGCGACAGUGAUAAUUCGGACGGUUACGUUAAUGAAGAUGAAAAUACCAUGAACAGUAAUUCGACGAAUGAUGAUAUAGAAGGCCGAGAGUCGUCAGUUUCACAAAACGAGUUUGCAUCUGAUUUGGAACUAUCUGGAAUGGAUGCAACCGACGCGAUAGGGGGCCAAGACAAUAGAACGUCCUCAGAUUUAGAAAACUCUAACGAUGGAGACGCAGAAGAUAUAAUAAGGAAUUCUUUUCAGAAGUCUGAUCACAAAAGGCAAAAACUUAAAAGCAAAGAUUCGGAAUCUCGCAGGAGUACAUCGUCUCUCCUAAUGGACUUAACAGAAGGUAAAUCGUACAUGCCCUCUUCUGUAAGCAUAACUCCUAUCGGGACCACCGCUUCAAACACAUCGAGAUCUGAGUCAGGUUCCAGUAUAUCAUCGAUGUUGUGCCUAGAUCGUCGGCCGGGUAUAGAAAUAAUACCCAUUACUGCAGCAGCUCCAGCGGCACUUCCUAGCUCCAUAACUAUCACACCGAUCACAUCAACCCAGAUGAAAAGCCUCGACGACCGAAAUCGAUCCGAAAGAAAAUCAAGUAAAUCCGGUGAAGAGCGAAGCAAAGAAAAGAAAAAGAAGAGGCGAAGAGACGAUUCUAUGGGCCCUCCAGAGAAAGUACCACCGAAACAAGACCCUUUGACAAAACCGGUAUCAGUGAGUAUUAAACCUACCGACGGGUCUCCCAUGCGGCCAACAUCCCCAAACUCGCUUUUAAGAAAAUUUAGCCCGAGUCCUACUCACGGUAGAUCUGUCUCGAUUACCAAAUCGCCAAGCCCUAGCACCGUUAAAGGUAUGGGUAAACCUUCAGGUACUUCUAGUCAUCAUAGCAGUCCUCGCCACUCUCCAGUGCAAAACAGUCCAAAGCACUUGCCAGGUUAUUCAAGUCCAAAAAACCACAGCAUUUCUUCCCCCAAACAUAGCUCAUCGGGGUCUGGAAAACCCAGCAUGUCAGCUUUGAAGUCUGCUACCAGUGGCUCCCCUUCUGGUAAAUCGGGAACAACGGGAUAUGAUCUUUCGAAAAAGCUUUCUAAAGACAGUUAUAAUUCUAGUUCUGUGUCAUCGAGAGACAAAGAAAAGAAACAUUCCAGUUUAUCUUUUUCUAGUUCAGAUAGGAGUAGCCCUAAAUUAAAAAACCCUGUUAAAUUAAAGCAGCUCGAAAUAACUCCCGUUUCUUGUGAUAGUCCUGUCACUGAACCGUUGAUAUCCCCACCUAAUAUAGAAGUAAACAAAUCUAAUGCACCAAGCCAAGCUCGAAAUAGGAAAGGUUCCCUCAGUGCUGUAAUAGAUAAAUUGAAGUCUGCGCAGCAUUGCGGCACAGACUCCGAACUCAGUGGUACAAAAUCGAGUAGCUCAUCCAGCAGUACUAACAAAUUUUCAGAUCCAAAAAAUAGCACAUCCGGAAGCAGUACUAAGACCAGUGAAAGUAAAAACCAGGAGUAUAUGGUAAAACCGAGCUUGGACGGUAUGAAAAUUACUAUAAAUAAAACUAGGACAAAGGAAUCUAGUAGUAGUUCUAAAUUAAAUUAUAGUAGUUCAAGUUCUAGUAAACAGUCGUCCCCUCAGUUGACCCCACCUAGCCAAGGUUCGCCUAAAACUCACACUGGGCUCAAGCCCGGCGUCAUCAGCGGCCCCGCUUCUAAAAAGACACAAGCACUGCAGUCCUCUAAAUCGAGCAGCAUCACACCCGGUUCGACACCACCUAAAGCAAACAUGAGUCCCUCAGAUUCAACUUCUAGCAGCAGUAACAUGCCUAAAGUGCCUUACUCAAAAUCGUCCAGCACUAGCAGCGCUGGAAUAAAUUUAUCUAAAUCCGCCUCCAAAUCAAGUUCUGGUUCACCAAAAAGUAGUAGUGCAGAUAUAACUAAGGUAAUAAGAGAUAGGGAACGCGAAAAAGCUAGGACAAAAUUAAUGAGCAAUUCGGAAAAGUCUAUGUUUUCCUCUAAGUCGGAAAGGCACUCCAGCCCGAGCGGAUCUAAAGACGAUGUGGAUGGCGAUAAAUAUAAGUCUAAAGAAGCUAAUUUCCUAGUCGAAGGGUUGAUGAAACCACUAGACAGGGGGUUUCAAAUACCGAAAUUAAAAAAUCAAAGCACUCCAGACAAGAACAGUCCUGUAUCUCAGUACGAUAGUCGUUCUAUGGUGAACGACUUCAGUAGAAGCUUAGAACAAAGCAAAUAUCCCUUUCCCCAUUUCGACAAUCCUAAUUCUAGGUCAUCAGAUUUAACAAAAGCGGCGUAUCCUCUCAACGUUCCGAAGCCUCUACUGAACAUGGGUGGGUUGAGUCCGAAGAUCGUUUCAGCAGGCAAAGGGGACCAAUCGGAUAGACCGAUAGAGUUUGCCAAAGCGAUGGCGGACAGCCUGACGAAGGGCGAGAGCCCGCAAAGGAAGGAGGAUACGAAAGAUGGCUUCUCGGGAUCGUACCCGCUGAUGCCGUUGGACUUCAAGACGGACAUGGCUAAGGGCUUUCCGGCACCGAAGGGCAGCUCGGAGGAUAGGAAGGGCGCGGACUCCUGUAUGAAACCGCCGGCGAGCGGCGCGGUAGCGCGCAGUGGGGCGACCACGCCGCAGGAAGCAGCGGAGAUGCUUUUGGAUUUUUCUUCGUCUUCGGGCAACAAGGUGUCGGGCGUAGUGGCGGUGCGGCCCGUAUAUCCGCAGUCGCCAGCAUUAGCCUUACAAUUGGCCAAAAGUCCAGCGCCCUCACCGUUAGUGGUGCCGUCGCCACACUCCAACUCGCCCGCCAUCACCGACGAUGAACUCAUGGACGAAGCGCUAGUCGGACCCGGCAAAUGAGACCCCAUACCACCGCCCCGUUACCUUAUAUUUUAAACCAUUGACUUAUCUCCAGAUGAAGACUCAUAAGAUCAUCGCUACCUGUGACGGUGCGGCACGGGCGAGCGGCUUACCAUUUGGAAAAGGACUUGAAUUUGUGAAGUUGAAAGCUAUUUUACGAUGAUUUUAUACUAAAUGGCAAGCAUCCAUUUAAAGGUCACUUGAUGCUCGUUAUUUUUAUAUUCCUGUUGGUUUAGCUUGCCAUAUAUGUAAUGCCAUUACCAGGUAAUUAGCCCGAUUAGGGAACAGCCAACGAACACAGGUAAAUAAGUGGAUUAGAUCAAACUUGAAAUCACACCAGUAUAACUGUCAUAUGAAUAAUUUUACUCUACUAAUUUAAUCUUAAAAGUUUGGCUUGCGUUUUUCGAACGAUAAAUAAUUAUUGGUGUUCUGUGUUUCAAGGCUGACUGGAUAUUAUAUAUCUUUAAAAUUCAUGUCAUCGUUUCUGCCACAGCAAUUAAAAUUUCUAGAAUAAUGAAGAUAAUGUUGAACUUUGGCUUACGAUAAAUAUACAAAAUAGAGAAUAAUUAAAAAAGGUAUCUUUGUAAGGGCUUCUUCGCACUGCGAUAUUUCACCGCGCGAUUUUUAUUCUCGCGUACUGUAUGCCGUGGACGCAAUAACAGCUAGUAUGUAUUGCAUUUAAAUAUCAUUCAAUUUUUGUCAGUUCAAUGUGGUUCCGGCUGAGACGACUGUCUUAAAUAAACAGUAACAGAAAAUUCGCAUCGCAUCGCGUUAAAUUUUCAUCUAAUCACAGACUCAUGCCGCGUGCUUUUUUUUCAGCUAGUGCGCCUAUUUUAAUAUUGUAUGUGUUAUAGGAUUGCGAGAAUGAAAACGCGUGGUGAAAUAUCGCAAUGUGGACAGGCUCUGAUUACUCUCAUGCUAGCACUUCAUAUGGGCAAAUACGAAUGUCCAUCUGUAGUUCCAACAUCAGUUAAAUUUUACUCCGCCAAAAUCAGCAGAAAUAUACACUAGUUUACCCUAUUCUUAGAUUAGGUGUUGGUAAAAUCUGAAAACAGCUUACUUUAAAGACUGAUUUACGCCGCGGCAACAUUUGUCAUUGGGGUAUGCCCCAAGGCCACAUGCUACAAUAAUUGUCGCACAUUGUGACAGAAAUCGUGCGGCGUGCCAACACAUUGCGUCAUGUGGCAAAGUGUUGUAGCUUGUAUCCGAACACCAUGGAUUAGGUGGACAAAACAGUUUGUAGGUUAUGUUUUGCUUGUAUUUAUUUUUCAUAUUAAGAAUUAUCGGUCAUGGAGUGGUGAAUGAAAAGUAUUGAUUAAAUAAUAAAAACAAUAGAGUGAAACGUAAUGUUUUAAAAUUUAGAUUAAGAGAGUAUCAAAAAGAAAAUAAGUAGUAGUAAUUUCACCAUUAUGUACUAGAUAAGAUGUUGCCUCGGCGUAAAAUAGACUGCCGCAUGUUGCAAAUGCCGCAUUUUUUUUCUAUUUGUAGCAUGCCACCAGAUAACCCUUGCGACAAUAUGUAGCAUGUGCCACUGUCGCAUGUUGUUGCCUCGGCGUAAAUCAGCCUUUAUGCUACAUAAAUGAUAUAAAAAAAUAUAUAUAAAAGUAAUAGUCACAUUUAAGAAAACGAUCAGAAAGUCUACUAUUGCUUGUCGCGACUUGUCAUGAAAACGAAAAAAGUUUACGAUAUCGCGACAGUGUGCCGUAGUGUUAUAAUAAGUAUAAUCUCUCGAUUAUUCCAAUUUGGCCGAAUCUGACCUGGAGGGACCUGGGGAUCAGUUUAUCAGUAACCUUAUGGUUAAUAAUUUUAACUUCACAAAUCAAAGACCUGAUUUACGUAUCAAAUGUUAACGUGUCAAUGCUGAACUGCAGCCACAGUAAGGAUGACCACCACUUAUCUCCUUUCUUUAAAAAUAAAAUAUUUUGCUAAUGUAAAUGUAAUAAUAUGAUGAUGCGAUUGCACGACCAAAGUUAUAGUGGAGUUCAAUACUUUUAUUCAAAAAUGGGAAACUUAGUGAUUGUUUUCUAUGAAAUGAAAUGAGUACAAGCGACCUGGCCUUAUUAAUUACGAAGAGCGAUGCCACGUUUCGGUCUCGUAAAUGUCUCGAUCUCAGAUUACAGAACAAAAGGCAUAUGAAACGCAUGGAACACGCAAGUGCGGCCACCAAAGCAAAUACGAAGUCAAAAGCGCAUACUAAAUCGCAUCAGUACGCUACAACGCGUCGUGUUGUUAAUACGUCCCGUGAAUUUUAUUUUUUUAAUUAGACUGUUUCGCCUUGUUUAUUGUAAAUACUGUUUACAAACAUAAAAAUAGUCUUUACUUUUGACUUCGUAUUUGCUUUGGUGGCCGCACUUUUGUGUUCUGUGCGUUCCAAUUUUCUUUUGUUGUGUAAUCUGAGAUCACGAUAAUAGUUGUAUUAACUUUAUAACGUACCCACUAAGGUUUACUUUUGCUAAUUUAUUUGUCCGGACGGAGUUCCACGCUCAGAUAUAUAACAUUUAAAUUGUGUGUUCUAUUUUUAACAUCGCUUUUAUUGUACCAAGACAUUUUUUUGUGAUUUACUCAUGUGUAUAUGUAAUCAUGUAAUGAUUGUACUCGUUUUGUCAUGUAUUCGACGAAGAUAAAAUUUAGACAUGACUUAAGCUCAUAUAGAUGUAACUAUUAUAAAAAACCACUUCUGAACACAACUGCCAUGAAUACAAUUUAGUGUACAACAUUUUGUCCUAAUAAGUUAUAUAGCAUAAACAAGAUAAUUGUAAAUAUAAUGAAUUAGUAAUAUAUUAUAUAGAAAUUAUUGAAUCGGUUAGGGAUUUAUGCUUAUAGACGAAAAUAAGUUUUUUUUAGAAAUAAAUAACAUCAAAAUCAUAAUAAGAAGUUUGAUUUUAAUAUAUGUAAAAAUAAUAAAUAAAUUUUUAACCUAGAAUGAAAUUAUAAAUAAUUACAAUUAGGGUUCAUUAUAAUUAAUAAUAACCCAGAGAGCUUUGGUAAUAGUAAGGAUAAAAUGGGUAGUAGUAAUAUACGCGCCUAUUUGGUUUUCUUUUAUAAUUUCUUCGUGAUGCAAAUCGCCUUUUUGGUUUUUGUCGCCACCUAAUUAUAGGCACGGGUACCAAACCAGCCGCCGUUUCCAUUAUUUCUUCAGGGUGCCGUUCGAUAACUUUAUUGGGGUCCGCCAGAGGUAAGCUAUUAUCAUAUAAAACAGUAUCUUCAGAUUCUAUCGCGCGGGGUAGCAGAUAUUGUGGCAAAUCCACGGUUUCUUCAAAAAUUACUUCCAUAUUUCCGUCGCUUUUUGUUUUACCCCCGAUUAUAGACUCUAUAUUCACUAGAUCUUGUGGCAAAUCCUUGGUCUCUUCAAAAAUUACCUCCAUAUUCUCGUCGUUACCUGUUUUACCACCGAUUAUGGAGUCUAUAUUCGCUUGAUUCUUUUGUUCCGCUUCUUCUUUGUUGAGGUUCAGGUUUGCGUCGUAUUUUGCUUCUGACUCAAUGUUUUCGGAGUGAUGCAUAUGAUUUUCAUUAACGGAAACAGUUUGUUUUGAAAUGGUACCUGCGGUGACGAAUCCCAAUGUCAGUAAAAGUAGCAGUCGCUGCUUCAUUUUCUUUGAUUCUGUAACAGGUCACUUUGUUAGAUAGCUC